AUGAAGAAGCAUAUAGUAUUUCUUGUCUGCUUUAUAUUGCCCAACUUUGGCAAUAGUAUUUUCUUCGAAUUAUCUCGUGUACAAAGUGUUGCGGUUCAGGGAGUAUUAUUAUGUGAAGGACGACCAUUACCUAAUCAUCAAGUAAUUCUCAUUGAUAAAGAUGGACUGGAUCCUGAUGACAUCAUGGGAAAGAAUGUAACUGACCAAAUGGGGCAUUUUUUUGUCCACGGUAAUGAGAGUGAAUGGACUGCAAUUGAUCCUAUCCUUGUUAUUAGGCACAAAUGCAAUGAUGGCGGAAUACCAUGCGAUCGAGAAUGGCGAUUAGGAAUCCCAGUCAAGUAUAUCAGCAAUGAAGGAGAUGCUCAGAAAAUCAUGGAUGUGGGCAUCCUCAAUGCAGAGGUCGUUUUCUACGGCGAGAAACGAGAAUGCUUACUUUUGAGCAAAAUGAGACCCCUGUCUUCAGUAUUUGCAUAUCUUAUCAUUGCAAUAAUACAUACGGCUAAUACAUUCCUAGAGCAAAGUGUAAGGGUCAGAGGACGACUUUUAUGUGGUUCUCAGCCAGCUUCUGGAGUACUUGUAAAGCUAGUCGAUAAAGAUAAUGGUCCUAAUCCAGAUGAUUUAAUGGCCAUCUCUUAUACAGACAGUGGUGGCAGAUUUGAUUUGCAUGGUAAUUCAUACGAAUUCUCGACUAUUGAUCCAGAAAUCCGUAUUUAUCAUGAUUGCAAUGAUUAUGGAAGACCAUGUCAAAGAGAAUGGGUCAUUCGAAUUCCAGAACGAUAUGUAUCAAAAGGUGCAGAGGCUGGGGAAACAAUGAGACUUGGUGAAAUAAAUUUAGAAGUAGUUGGGCGAUUGCUGUGUGGCAACCAAUCAGCUUCAGGUGUACGAGUUAAAUUGGUUGAUGACGAUUUUGGAUCAGAUCCAGAUGAUGACUUAGACGCAGGUUACACUGAUCAAAAUGGCUACUUUAACUUAUCAGGUGGUACCAAUGAAAUAACUACAAUUGAUCCACAUUUGAAAAUUUACCACGAUUGUAACGAUGAUGCUACUCCAUGUCAAAGACGAUGGAAGUUUGAAUUGCCAAAUCACUAUAUCACAAAUGGCAAAGUGCCACAGAAGAUUCUUCAUUUCGGUACAUGGAAUCUGGAAGCUAUUAUGCCAGAUGAAAGCCACGAUUGCAUUCAUUAA